UAAUAUUUCUUGUCAUGUGAUUAGAAUAGGAAGGAACAAUGGUAUCAGCCGGUAUUCUGUGUAUUCCAAUCGUUACCGCUUUCUUCUAUUGGAAUAAUUUAUUAUGGUGCUACAUAUUUGGAGUGUUAACCAUAUCAUGUUUCUUCCUGGGAUGCUUAAUUGUUAUGUUCAUAUACAUCGCUCUCUCUCCGAAACAUCAAACUGGCUCGGGCACGUUGAAGACAGUUGCUGAAAUCGAUGCUUUCCAUAAUUUGUUAAUGAAAGGAUAUGCAGUUAAACCUUUAAAUCCCAAAAAACAUGCAAGGUAUCCAUUGGUUUUUACUCGUAUGGUGGAUGGAGCUUUGCAAAAUCUGUUGGAUUUGAUCUUCCAAGAUUUUGUUGGUCUUUGGCUCAGUGAAUUGGCUUUUAAUUCUGAGCAAAUAGUGGAAACUAUGAAACAAGAUGUAUGGGGAGCUAUCCAGAGCGUCCAUGAUCGUUUAUCCAAAGUGGAUCACACAAAACUAGUUGUUUGUAAUAUAGUAAACAAAAUUACUUUUCAUUUUGAAAAGAUUAGGAUUGCUCAAGCUGCUUCGUCAGAAGGCGAAGAUCCAGUAUUUAUUUUAUCAGCACAUUUAAUGUCACCUACAUCUGAAUUAGACUACUUGAGAAGAGUCAGUGAAUUGUAUAUUUUAUUUUUGUUGCCACGUUGUUAUUCUCUUGCACCAAUGAAAUAUUUACUGAGAGAAAUUCUUGCAUGUAAAAUAUUAAAACCAGCAAUAGAUUUAAUAACUGAUCCAGACUAUAUCAACCAAAAAAUCCUAUCUUACAUCGAUCAACAACAACUCACCGAAGCAAUGCAUAGGAAAACAUAUGAGUACGCUGAGUCAUUUGAGGACUUUAUACGUAUGAUUAAAAGUUCUAAAGACUUAGAAGUUCUAAAGCAUAUCAGAUACAAUAUUGUUACGGAGAUUAUGCAAGCGACGACAAUACAAAAUGUGAAAAGAGCGCAAGGUUUAGAUCCAGACAAUAAUGCAUUUGGAAAAUCUGAUGGUAUUCAAGCUAGAAAACUAAAGAGGUAUAUCAGCCAACUGACAUAUGCUAAAAAUACAUGUGAAUGUCACAUGCAAUCAUUAGGAUGGAAUGGAUAUCCUGUUCAGGCCAAUGACAUUCCUGAUUCAGCAGAAAUCACAGGGGAGAGAGUAUUACCGUUGCAGUAUAUCCUGGAUAACGUGAUAGGUCGAAGAUAUCUUUCACAGUUUCUUGAAGAAGUUGCUAGUCAGGAUUUGAUUAGGUAUUGGGCAGCUGUACAAGAGUUGCGGAACGCUGAUAAGUCCAGUUGGCAUCAAUUGGGUGCUGAAAUUUUUUAUACCUACAUUACCUCUCCAACUGCUGAAAUAAAGGUUGAUAGGGCCAUUCGGAAAAAGAUGGAGAGUUUUUUGUUAGGUGAUAUUGGGCCUAAUGUAUUUUAUGAAGUUCAAGACAGCGUCGUUAAAACUUUAGAAGAAAAAUAUUAUUCAUCCUUUGUGGUCAGCAAACAAUACAAAAAUAUGCAACAAGCACUACUUAAUGAAAGAGCAGAUGAUUUAGUUGAAGAUCGCCGAAUAACAAAUGGAACGUUAUCGGAAAAUGUAUCUUUACUUGUCGGAGAACAUUCGUGCUAUGCUCGUAGUAAAUUGGAUCAGUUGCAAGAAAAAUUAAACAACAAAAUGCAAGCUUUGCAGGCGCUAAAAUCUUCGUUAAAACCAGAGAGCAAAGUUUUGAAUUUCUUGGCUAAAGAAGUUGAAUGGUUGCAAAGUGAGAAACGGCAACUAGAAGCGCAUUUAACUCACACAGAAAUGUGGGCGGAACAUUUAGGUCAUUGGAGAGCAGAAGUACAGACAGCAGAAAUACCAGAUAAUGGAGAAUCUCCACAAUUUGUUUUGGUUGUUCAUAUGGCAGAAGAUGAAGGUAACAACGACAGCAUAUGCAGUGGUUGGGUGGUACUGAGAAAAUUACAGGAUUUCCAAGAUUUACACAGAAAACUUCGUCAACUUUGUUCUAACGUAAAAAAUUUAGAUUUACCGUCGCAACCGUUGAAGUUCUUUGGGAAGUCUGACAGAAAUACUUUGGACAAAGCUAAAAUUCAAAUUCAAAAAUAUUUAAAUUUUGUUUUAGAAGACGAAAAACUUAAUCAAAGCGAAGCUUUGUACACGUUUCUUAGUCCAAGCUCAGAACACUUGAAAUACGCACCUCCAUCUCCAAAGAAAUCUCGGUUCUCUUUAUCAACAUUGUUCAAAACAUCUAGUAACAGUAGUGAACUUCGUGACAAGGAUGAUGAAGAAGAUUAUUCUCUCCUAUUAGACGACACAGAUAGUACCCGUUCAAUAACAGAUGGAUGCUUCAGCUCCAAUAAAGAUGCGAUCGCAGAACCUCUGUAUACCCUGUUGGGUGAAAUUUUUGACUUACGAGGGGUGUUUCGAUGGCUGAGACGUUCAUUAAUUACUUUUGUUCAAAUUACUUAUGGUCGCACCAUUAAUAGGCAAAUCAGGGAUACCAUUUCGUGGGUAUUCUCGGAACCAAUGCUUCACUAUUACAUACAAUUAUUUACGAAAUCUUGGUGGCCGAAUGGCCAUUUAGUUUCUGGAACGGUUCUGCGUACAGAUGAAGAGAAAUUAAAGACACGCGGCGAAGCACGAAGACAAUUCCUAAAUAAUGUACCUGAAGUUUUAACCAAUUUAGUUGGAGCGCAAAGUGCUCAACGUGGUGCAAUUAAAAUUUUUGAUUCCUUGCAAAACAUGAAUUUAAACAAACAGUUAUUUUAUGAUAUGUUUGAAGUUGUGAUGUACGAGGUAUUUCCGGAACUAACAGGAAUAAAACAGCAACUACAGUAAACUUUAUCCAUGAGUAUUUUGUAUACAUCUUUUUAGUCAUGAUUUCUUGGCAUUUUGU